UGGUGAUUUGAAUAUUCCCCCACCCCUUCUCCAUAUUUAGAUCAUUGAACCCAUUCCCAUUUCCAUCAGCCCAUUUUCUUUGUUCCUGAGAUAGUUUUUGAUUGAGAAAAAGGCGAGAGGAGGUUGGGUGGUGGUAUAGAAAAUAUACAGGAGAGAGAUGGCAGUGAAGAAGAUCACGUGGAGAUCGGUUUUCCCGGCAUGUUACGGGUCGGAAAAGAUGGCGUCCAAGCGGAGGAAGGCGGCAGUGGCGGCGAAGCAGACCUCGUUUCAGAGGAUUUCGAUAUCGGAUUUGAGUAAUCCGGGGUCGACGCUGUCUGAGGAUCUGUCCACCUCUCUGAUGGGGUCAAACCUUCAUGUGUUCACGCUGGCUGAGCUGAAGGUGAUCUGCCAGAACUUCUCCUCCAACAACUUCAUCGGAGAAGGCGGGUUCGGCCCCGUCCACAAGGGCUUCAUUGAUGACAAGCUCCGCCCUGGUUUGAAGGCUCAGCCCGUGGCUGUCAAGCUUUUGGAUUUGGAAGGCUUGCAGGGCCAUCGAGAAUGGCUGACAGAAGUGAUUUUUCUCGGGCAACUGAGGCACCCGCAUCUUGUCAAGCUGAUCGGGUAUUGUUGCGAGGACGAGCACAGGCUCCUGGUAUACGAAUACAUGCCGCGAGGAAGCUUGGAGAAUCAGCUCUUCAGAAGGUACUCUGUUUCUCUUCCAUGGUCCACAAGAAUGAAAAUUGCACUUGGGGCUGCAAAGGGUUUAGCUUUCCUCCAUGAAGCGGAGAAACCUGUUAUAUAUCGAGAUUUUAAGGCUUCAAACAUCUUGUUGGACUCUGAUCAUACUCCCAAAUUAUCAGAUUUUGGUCUAGCCAAGGACGGCCCUGAAGGUGAUGACACACAUGUUUCAACCCGAGUAAUGGGGACACAAGGGUAUGCUGCUCCAGAGUACAUUAUGACAGGGCAUUUGACAGCAAUGAGCGAUGUUUACAGCUUUGGAGUGGUGCUCUUAGAGCUACUAACUGGGAGAAGAUCAGUGGACAAGACCCGGCCUAACAGGGAGCAGAACCUAGCAGAGUGGGCUAGGCCACAACUGAACGAUUCCAGGAAGCUUGCCCGCAUAAUGGAUCCAAGACUUGAAGGUCAAUACUCAGAAGCAGGGGCUCAGAGCGCUGCUGCAUUGGCUUACCAGUGCCUGAGCCACAGGCCAAAGCAUAGGCCAACAAUGAGCACUGUGGUUAAGACCCUGGAGCCUCUCCAGGACUACAAUGAAAUUCCAGUUGGGACCUUUGUUUACACUGUCCCAAGCGAAAAUGACUUGCCUAAGGAGGAGACCAAGGAAGGAGGAGAAGCACAGAAGGAACCCAAAAAAGAAAGUUCCCAUCAAGGCCAUAGGCAUAGGAUCAGAUCGCCAAAAUCCCCAACCAUUUAUUCAGAAACCGCUCUACGCCAGAACCUCAGAAACAGUCCAAACUCUCCCCUGCAUCCCAGGAACAGGGGAAGUUAGACUGACUGGUAGAACUGUAGAUCAUACUGUAAAUAGAGAUUUGUUGAGGAUUUAUCUUGAUUUCAUAGUGUCACAUAUUAGGCAUGAAGUGUAUGAAUAUUUAUGAGAAGAACACGUUGGUAAUUCGAAUCAAUUCUUUCAAAUUCGCCUCA